CCCAGAGCGGAGGCCACCAUGCUCCCCUUCUGCGGCUCGCCGCUCUGGUUGCGCUGGGUCGCAGGCCUGCGGCGCAGCGGCCACGGCGGCCCGCUGCAGGUCGUGGAGGGCGGCAGCGAGGCCGGCAGCUGCCUGCUGUGGGCCGCUGCGGCGCUGG